AUGGACUUAAUCGGAAGCAUAUGGAGGAAAGAAAGUUUACCCGAAGACUGGAAGACUGCAAUAAUUUGUGUUAUUUUUAAAAAAAUUGCAAUACAUAAAAAGGGAGAUACUCAGGAUUGUAACAACUAUAGAAGUAUCUCCUUAUUGAAUGUGACAUAUAAGAUAUUAUCUAAUUGUAUCUUAUCGAGAAUAAAAGAUAGGGCAGAAGAAAUAAUCGGAAAUUAUCAAGGUGGCUUCAGGAUGGGAAGGUCUACUAUUGACCAGAUAUUUAUAUUAAGACAGGUCUUUCAGAACGCCUGGGAAUAUAAUAAGGAAUUACAAUUCCUUUUCAUUGAUUUCCAAAAAGCCUACGAUUGUAUACACAGAGAAAGCGUAAUGAAAAUACUGAAGGACUUCCAAUUCCCUAAUAAGUUAAUAAAUUGUAUUAUGAUAAGUAUAAUGGAGACAAAAGUCAAAGUUAAGGUUGGUGACUUGAUUUCGGACCCUGUACUAGUAAAAUCUGGUUUAAGACAAGGGGAUGCCCUAUCACCUAUCUUAUUUAACUUGGUGCUAGAAAGAGUUAUAAGAGAAAUAAACAUCAACAAUCAAGGAUUUAAAUUACAGGACUCUUCAAUAGAGCUGCUAGCGUAUGCGGAUGAUAUAGUCUUAUUAGGAGAAUCACAAGACAGUUUAAAAAAUAUAUUCCUCAAAUUAGAGAAAGCCGCAGCGAAAGUAGGAUUACAGUGUAAUGAAGGAAAAACAGCAUAUAUGUGUGUUGAAAGAAGGAAACUACUCCAACCUAAUACACUGAACAUUUGA